AGAUCGUCCACUCUAGGUCACAAGGGAGGCAGUGCGAUACCAUUACCGGGUAGUGCCCUUCCUGCCAGAAGAUGCCCCCCGGACAAGGUGCGCCCAGUGGCGUGCUCGAGUCGUGCUGCAAGCCCAGCUCUUUCAAUGAUUCCAAGAGGAUCACCAGCUGCAGCUGCAACUCCGAUAGCGAGCCCAUAUCAAACAAACGCCCAGCAAAAAAACUCGAUGCUCGACAAGCUGAAGCUGUUCAAAAGCAACGACGCAAAACCAGCGCCAUCUACCAACGGCAAACGAACCAGCUCGAGCAGCGGCGUAUCCUCGGCUCGGAGCGAAAGAAGCGACAGCAGCGCCAGCCUAGAACCCACCGCAGAAGUAAAACCGGCAACCCGCAACACUUCCAGGCUGCAGCAGGCGCGCCCCAAGAAGCCCACGCCCGCCAGAAACAGCCCCAACAGCGCCAAGAAGGAGGCGAAACCCACGAAGGUGGAAGUGGAGAAGCAUGCCCAGAAAGUGGCCAGUCUCUCCGAGCUAAAGGUGCGAGCCACAGUAAAAUCUACGGCGAUUGAUGUUAAGAGCAACAUUCAACCUGGUACUGGUAUACCUAAACCCACGGCUGCCAUUAAAGGUACCACGAAGGUAUCUCGCGGCACGUCGCAAGACCAAGACAAGAACGUAUCAAGAGAGAGCUCUCAGAACAACAUAUCGCACAACAAGCCUGUUGUGGCUUUGGUAUCGCCGAUGAAGAGCGAGAAUAAUCAACUGUCCGAAAGCAGUCACAGUGCUUCAACGGGUCAUCACAGCAACUCCAGUGAGAGUAGUGUGAUCUACAAACCGUCCAGUGAAAGUGGUUCCGAACACCACAACAUCAUACCCAACCGCAAGGAACCACCGCAGUACAUAUCAGACGUAGAGCAGACCACCACAUCCGUCGAGUCAGUCAAAGAGAAACCUGAUACCCCAGAGAAGCAGGAACACGAGAAGAUAUCGCCUGCAGAGGAGGAGAACAAAAUCAUCACAGGGUCUCGUAAAGUCCUCAACAACAUCAGGGAAGAGGAGAGCCUCAGCAUCGAGCCGAUGCGGCCCCUGCUUAGAGGGUACUGCGGCACGCUUACGCUGCCCAACAGGCAGAGGCACUACCCGAGGGUUCAACCGGACGGGGGAUCGGACUACUGCGAGAUAUCGCUGUGCAACGGGUACCUGUCGGAGGGGGAAAUUUUGAGGCACACCGGCGGGAUGGAUCUCGGGGACGGAUACAUGUCGGAGAGCGGGUCUGUGCUGUACGCGCGCCGGUUGCAGACCCUGCCCGCCCACAUUCCCAACGGGACCCCCCGUCUCAGUUCCGGCCUGACCGUGUUGACGGAGCAGACGUCGCGCAGGGGCGGCUCGCGGGACUCGCCGCCGCCGCCGCCACCGCCCGCCCCCAGGUCCGGCCAGCCGUCCUCCAAGUCUGGCCGCAACGGCGGCAUACCGCUCCAGGACACGAAGCAUGGCCAGUGGAAGCGGUACACGGACUCGCCGGGGGUGGGCAGCCCGCCGCAGCCGCAGCAGCCGUCCCCGCCCGCCCCCGCCCCGUCCAGCCCCACGUCUUCCAGGCGGGAGCGCCGCUCCAGCCCCCACGGCAAGGAGAAGUCCGGCAAGGGGGUGAGGGGGGUGCCGCAGAGCUUCGGAUACGUCAAAAGGAGCGCCAAUGGGGUCAAUGGAAACUCCAACGGGAAUAUUUCUGUGCAAGCGAUACCGAACCAGUCUGGAAAGACUGCCUCAGUCUCGGCAGUUCCGAGGACCAAGGUGAAGGUGUCUGGAGGCACCCAAACUUGCUCCAGUGAUCUCCAGCAGCAACAGGCGCAGCAAGCUUUAAAAGCAAGUCCACAGCAAUUCAAGAGUUAUUCCCUGACAGGUAACGCAGCCUCGCAGCUGAGCCAAUCGGUUCGCGAACGGCUGAUGAUGGGUUCGCAGAGCCUCCCGAAAGGCGCCGGCCAACACGAUUACGGCCUGAUCUUGAGGCACCAGCCGAGACCGAAGGUCAGCGACGGAUCCCUGUCCGAUACUCAAGCCAUAGAGAACUCCAGCCCUUACGCGCCCUGGCUCAGACACAGUAACACGUAUUCCGUCGCUCCAAGGUUGUCGGAAACCGAUAGUUUGGAAAGCCUAACCAGUCUGCCUGGCCACAGGAGCAGCCUCACACACACCAGGUUGCUAAGGGAUUCGCCAUCCAGGCUUAGCAGGAGUAACAGUAUCAGAUCGACGAAAAGCGAAAAACUGUAUCCGUCAAUGUUGCACAGGAACAACACCGAGCCGGAAACGGAACCGUACUACUGCCUGCCUAUAGGCUCGCUCAGCCAUUGGUCGCAACCGACCAGUCCUGCUCCUGGAAAUGGGCGCAGCUUUCCUUUGUCACCGACGUUGUCCAGCGCGCCGAGGCACCAGCCGAAGAAUGACGAAGUGCACGGUUCUUCUAUAUCUUUGGUAUCGACCGCAUCGAGUCUGUACUCUUCAGCCGAAGAAAAGCAAGCUCACGAGAUCAGAAAACUGAGGAGAGAACUGACGGAAGCUCAGGAAAAAGUGUACACUUUGACUUCUCAGCUCAGCACAAACGCGCAUGUGGUGUCAGCUUUUGAGCAAAGUUUAACAUCGAUGACCCAAAGAUUACAACAUCUAACGGCAACAUCUGAAAAGAAGGAAAGCGAACUUCAAGAGCUUCGCACAGCCAUGGACUCUCUGAGGGCGCAAUCCAUACAGGCCGGAAUUGGUACCGGGUUAGCAAGACAGCCCUCGUCUGACAGCGUGUCCAGUCUCUCGUCGGCUUGCAGUCUGGACAAGCAGGACAAGAAAAACAAGAAGAAAGGCUGGCUGAGGAGCUCCUUCACCAAAGCGUUCUCGCGCAACGCCAAGGUCGCGAAAGCGCACUCCCAGCAGGAACCGGAAGCGGACCGCCAGCCGCCGCCGCCGCCGCCUCCCACCGACGCGGGGCUCGAGGUGGUCGAGCUGCAAAAACAGCUGCGCGAGAAGGACCUCGUGCUCACCGACAUCAGACUCGAAGCUUUGAGCUCGGCGCACCAGCUCGAGAGUUUGAAGGACACGGUGAUGAAGAUGCGCAGCGAGAUGCUCAGCUUGAAGCAGAACAACGAGAGGCUGCAACGCAUGGUGAGCGGCGCGGCCACCAACCUGCCGACGGAUAUUUCGCAGGAGACCAGGAGCAGCAGCAGCAUCGACGCGCUGUGCGAUUUGAUACCGGUCGAAGAGCCCGCGCCCGAGGCGGAGCAAGACGGAAAGAGGAUCGCCAUUUCCGUUUAUCUGGGGCAGCCGCAGAGUUUCGAAAAAUAUUAUGUGGAACAUUACUCUUACGAUGGCAUGAGUGACAACGCGACAACAGAAAUAUCAAUAGCGCACACGAACAUUGGAGCAUCCACCUCAUGGGCUCAGCUAGACAAUGCGGUCAGAAGAGCCUUCAAACAAUAUGUCGCCAGGUUGGAUCCUGGCGGUGGUUUAGGAUUGGGAAGCGACGCCAUAGCCAGCUACAAACUGGGCGAGGCCGAGCGGAAGCCCGAUUCCGGGCCGCCGGAUCUCCUGCCGGUGGGCUACGCCAUCGGAAGAAUUUCCACGCUGCAUCUGGUCCUUCAGCCGGUCGCGGCUCUGGCUUUCGAGGCCCUGAUACCGAAAGGCGUGGCGCAGCGGUUGGUGUCGCUGCUCGCCGAGCACAGGCGCCUCGUGCUGUGCGGCGCCCCGGGCACCGGGAAGACCCACUUGGCCAACAGGCUGGCCGAGUUUCACGCCCAGUCGCUGGGAAGAGACCCGGCCGAGGCUGUCGCUACGUUCAACGUCGACAACAAGUCGGCCAAGGAGCUGCGCCAAUACCUGGCCCACCUGUCCGAGCAGGCGGCAGCCGGCGACAACAGCGUGCUACCGUGCGUGGUGGUGCUGGACAACUUGCACAAGGCGGGCCCUCUGGCGGACGCUUUGGGCUCCCUGCCGCGCAAUUUACCUUGCCUGUUGGGCACCAUGGCGCAGUCGGCGUGCUCGGCCACCAGCCUGCAGCUGCAGCACGGUUUCAGGUGGGUGCUGGUGGCGCCGCACAUGGAGCCCGCCAGGGGGCUGCUGGGCAGGGUGCUCAGGCGGCGUCUGGCGACGUUGGAGCUGGAGCAGGGGCCGCGGCCGGAGCUGGCCGCCAUCUUGGGCUGGCUGCCGCGCGUCUGGCAGCACCUCAACGCCUUCCUGGAGACGCACAGCUCCGGGGACGUCGCCAUCGGUCCGCGUCUGUUCUUGAGUUGUCCACUGGAACUGGACGCUUCGAGAGCGUGGUUCGCUGACGUGUGGAACUACUCUUUAUCCCCCUACUUGCGCGAGGCGGCGCGCGAGGGUCUCCAGCUCUACGGCAGGAGAGCCCCCUGGACCGACCCCACGCAGUUCAUCCUCGACACGUACCCCUGGCCGGGGGCGUCCCCCCAGGGCCUCACCACCAUCUCCUCCACCGACGUGGGGCUCGAGGCGGGCCCCGCGGCCCAGGCGGAGAACGAGGGGGACCCCCUCCUCAACAUGCUGAUGCGCCUCCAGGAGGCCGCAAACUACUCCAGCCCGCACUCCAACGACUCCGACUGCAACAGCUUGGACUCGAACCUCACGCACAACGUCGGAACCGAGAGCGUGUCCUAA